UUUCACACUUGCGUUGGCGCGGCGGCAUACCGGAUAAAAAUAGACGUAUCCGGACAUGCUUCACGAAAAGAUUCAAAAUCAGAAACCUGUCGCCGGCCAUGGACAUGCUGCCCGCCGAGGUCGAGCAGGGCAACGUCGAGUACAAGGUCCAGCUGCUCAACCCGUCGCCAGAGCGCUUCCAGCACCUCGUGACGCAGAUGAACUGGCGCCUCAACGAAGGCCAUGGCGAAGCCUUUUACGAGAUGGGUGUCUCGGACGGCGGUCGCAUCGUGGGCAUGUCGCCAGAAGACCUCGAGAUGAGCCUUGCCACGCUCUACCGCAUGUGCCAAGUGCUCGGUGCUGAUAUGCGCCUCGUUACGCUCCGCGAUGGCUACGAGCCCGGUCGCAAGGCCGCGCGGGUGUGCAUCUCGCGCAUCGCCGACACGCAUGCAAAGAAGCAAGUGCGAGUGUCGGUGAUUGGCAGUGUUGAGAGCGGCAAGUCGACGCUUAUCGGGGUGCUCACCCGCGGCUGCCUCGACGACGGCCAUGGGCUGGCGCGCAUGCAAGUCUUCCGCCACUUGCACGAGGUAGAAGACGGUCGGACGUCGAGUAUCAGCGAGCAGAUCAUGGGCGUGACCAAGGACGGCAAGAUUUGCAGAUUCAACACGUUCGAGAGCCGCCACGCGUCCAGCAUCGAGUCCCAGAGCCACAAGCUCGUGAUGUUCAGCGACCUCGCGGGCCACGAGCGCUACCUCAAGAUCACAGCCACGGGCCUGACGAGUCAGUUUCCCGACUACGCCAUGCUAGUCGUCGACGCGACGCAAGGCGUGCAGACAAUGACGCGCGAGCACCUUCAGAUCGUGCUGGGCCUCGACGUCGCCGUCUUUGUCGUUGUCACCAAGGCCGAUGUGGCGGCGGCGCCCAGGAUAGCGGCGACAGUCACCGAAGUCCAGGCGCUUCUCGAGUCGAUGAAGAACGCGUCCCACGUAGUCGCAGAUACGACGGCAGCGCCGUGCAUAGCUGGCUCCGUGCCCAUCUUUAUUGUCUCGAGCGUCACGGGGGCCUCAUUGCCGCAGCUGCAGACCUUCUUGGCGGCGAUCCUGCCCACGCGCGUAUGGACAUCCCGCGACGAGUGCUCGGCCGAGGUGCACUUGAGCGGGUACUACGACACGGAGGCGGGUAGCAUCGUGACAGGUCUCGUCAAGAGUGGCACAGUGAGCGUUGGUGACUCGCUCUUGCUCGGCCCGACAGCCACCGGCGCGUUCUACGGCGUGCACGUCAAGAGCAUCGAAGUCCAGAGAACGCCCGCCAAGCGCAUCUUUGCAGGCCAAGCCGGCGCGCUUCUUUUGAGCAUCAACUCGGCGAUUGACUUUUCCAUGAUGCGCAAAGGCAUGAUGCUUGUGCACCCGAGCUUGCGCCCGAUCGCGACGCGGCAGUUUGACGCUGAAGUCCAGCUCGUCGACGAGAGCGUUGUGCUCAAGGAGAACGUCCAGGGCGUCAUUCACGCAGGUCCGAUCCAGCAAACGGCCAAGAUCGUGCGGGUCGCAUACGAGAAGGACGUGUGUUACCUCCGCUUUGAGUUUGUCUACUGCUCCGAGUACUUGCGCCCGGACCUGCCGCUCGUGUUUCGCGCCAGCCGGACGCACGCGGUCGGCAAGGUCGUCGGCGCCGUCCACGUUGCGGUCAAGGGCGUUGCGUAAAUACCCGUGAAUAUACGAUGCAUCUUCUUCGAA